UUGUCCUCCGCCGUCACGCGCGAAACGCGACGCGCUUCUCCCCCACCAUGUUUUACUCUGAAGAAAUCUUGUCGCGUCGCGGGCCCCUUGGCAGGGUAUGGCUCGCGGCACACAUGGAGCGAAAGCUCUCAAAGGCCCAGACAAUUCAGACAGAUAUAGGGGAAUCUGUUGAUGCCAUCAUGACCCAAGAGAUCGAGGUCAUGGCGCUGCGUCUCAGUGGCCAAUUGUUGUUGGGCGUUGUUCGUAUAUACAGCCGGAAAGCCAAGUACUUGCUGGAUGACUGCAAUGAAGCCUUGCUCAAGAUCAAAAUGGCUUUCCGCCCUGGUGCUGUCGACAUGACCGAGGGCGAGCUCACCGUCAACAAGAACGCGAUCACGCUGCAAGGCGGCGGUAUAGACCUCGACGCGAUCCUGCCCGACUUCAACUGGGAUGAGGACUUCGAAAUUCACCCCUUGGUCGCUACCGGCCAGCACCAGGCGCGCCGCGAUGAUAUUACCCUUCGUACCGAUCAAUACGUUGACUUCAGCGACCCCAUGAACCUUGACAUCGGCCCCUCCGACGGUAUCGGCUCUCAGGACUUCGAUGUCGACCUUGGCAUCGACUGGGGCGAUGAGUUCGGGGGCGAGCAAGGGCGCGACGCAGACGAUAGUAUGAGCAUGGACGGUAGCGUCGGCGUAGGCCGUCGCGAUAGUAUGGCGCCGUCGCGUCUGUCCAUGGACUCGCGCUUCGGUCCGGGUGGUCCCAAUAUCGACCUCAUGUCCAACCGCAGCCGCUCGCGCGACCCCUCUGAGCAGCCAUAUGUGGCGGACAUGGACAUGGACAUUGACAUGCCUGAACUCGGUGCAGUCGACCUUGGCGAUCUCGGUGUUGGCUUCGACGACCAGCCUCCCCUUGCUAGCGAUGACCACGAGAAGACCCCUGGCCAGACGCGAGAGUCAUCCCGAGCUUCUUCCCCUCUCAGCGAGGUCCCCCCUACUCCGCCUGCGCAGGCAGAAGUCGGCGACAACAACGCCGAGGACCCGACUACCCCUGUAGCGAAAAAGCAGCGCAAGCCCCGUGAGAAGAAGCAGAUCAUCGACUCUGUUACCGAACUCGAAGGCGGCCCGGGCGCGCGGGGUGGUCGUGGGCGCAACGCCGGCCUCGGUGCUCCCACCGACGUCGAUGUCAGCGACAUCCUCACCGAGCAACAGUUCCUCCCGCGCUCGACCCUCAUGAUGCGUCUGCAGGAGGUGCAUGACGACCCCUUGGCGCACUUCAUGCCGACGAAGACAACCGCCGAUGGCACCUUCCUCUCCUGUGCGCCGCCCGGCCUGCCAGCCGCUCUCGCGGACAUGUUCCUUAUGCCGCUGUCUGGCGCGAAGCGCCCUCGUGAUGCGGAGACGGGACGCCCAUCGAGCAAACGCGCUCGCGUUGACGAGGAUGAGGAAGUUGAGCAAGGUCGUCGCGAUGCAAGCGCUGCGCCUAGCUUCGGGCUUCCGCAAGGAGAUGACACGGCGCCCUUUGAGUUUGGCGACCAAUCCCUCCCCCUCGACGACUUCCAGCUCGAGGUGCCUGACCUCCCCACGGCGCAUGAGACUCUUGACCGUCGCUCUGCUGCACCCUCCGAGCACCGGUCCAGCCGAUUCUCAACCCCAGCCUUCAAUUUCGAGGAAGAAGGCGAAACCUUCGCGGAUGCCUCAUGCCCCAUCGCCGCCUUUGAUGCGCGCUCGGCGAGCCAGACGCAGCAGGAGGCGACCGAGAGCAAAGGCUACAGCCGCAACACCCUCAAGGCCCUCUCCAUCGUCCGCCGCGAGCUGCGGCCGACCGAGGGCGACGCCGACGCCGAGGGCGAGCCCGAGUCUGACGCGCCCGUGCCCGUCGCGCACGCCGGCGAGGACAAGGUGCUGAGCUUCAACCGCAUGGCGCAGGGCGCGUCGCGCCGCGCGGCGGCCGCGUUCUUCUUCGAGCUGCUCGUGCUGGCGACGAGGGACUGCGUGCGGGUCGAGCAGGCGGCGCCGUUUGAGAAUAUCGAGGUGCGGGCGAAGGAGCGGUUGUGGGAAAUGCAGGUUGGACGGCAAGGGUCUGUCGCCCCGUCGGAGGCGGAGUUUGAGGCGGAGUCGAGGAUGGGGUCUGUCGCUCCGUCGAGGAUGGGUUCCGCGGCUCCGUCGAGGAUGGGCUCUGCUGCGCCCUCGCGCAUGGGAUCUGCGGUUCCUAUGUCUCGCGCGUCCGCGGCGAGGUCCAUUGGCGCUGCUUUGGGUUUGUAGACGCUUUCCUUGGUUGUUCACCUCGAGCAAGUUAUCACCUUGUGCCACAAUCUGUGCUUCCUCCGAACCUUCGGCUCUUGUUUUGUUCUACAUCUCUUUUACACGAUCUAUCUGUCUGCCUUCUACGUUCUACCUGUCUGCCUUCUACGAUCUACCUGUCUACCUUUCACGAUCUACCCGAGUUAUCUACUGGUCUUCUUGCGUUUCUAUGUAUUGUAGCGCUACGAGUUUGUCGACUGCUUUCCGCUGGAUACCUCCCGCCCUGGUUUCGAUUCUCUUUCACGAUCUUGUUUACCGUUAUGACGAUGUUGUUCAUGGGCUGCUCUGCCUCUGUGUGAGCCUAUAGUUCUGUGUGCUAUGAUGAUUUGCGUCUAGUCGGAUGUUUUCUCCUUACGCGCACAAACUGCUCACUUCGCUGGCACUGUCGGCCACUGCGACAUUUGCGGUUGAUGUCUGCGAUUGAAAUCAUUCUAAGCGAU